AUGUCUGACAAUCCAUCCUUCGUCCUCCGCGGCAUCAACGAUGUCGUCUUUGAGCAGAGACCCAUUCCCGAGAUCGCCGAUGACGAGGUGCUCGUCGAUGUCAAGAAGACGGGCAUUUGCGGUUCCGAUGUCCACUACAUGGUUGCCGGACGCAUCGGGCACUUCGUCGUCGAGAAGCCCAUGGUCCUGGGCCAUGAGUCCGCCGGCAUCGUCUCGAAGGUCGGCCCCGCCGUCAAGGACCUCAAAGUCGGUGACCGUGUUGCGAUGGAACCCGGUGCAACUUGCCGCAAAUGUGAUGCUUGCAAGAGCGGUCGGUAUGAGCUUUGCCCAGACAUGAUCUUUGCUGCGACCCCUCCCUACGAUGGCACGCUUGCCCGGUACUAUAAUAUACCCGCCGAUAUCGUAUACAAGCUCCCUGAUCACCUCACCCUAGAGGACGGUGCCAUGAUGGAGCCUCUCUCCGUCGCCAUCCACGCUGUGGCGAAUAUCGCCGACUUCCACGCUAACAGGUCCAUUGUCGUUUUCGGCGCGGGCCCUGUGGGUCUGCUCUGCAUGGCUGUCGCGAAGGCGCUCGGUGCUUCGAGGGUCAUCGCCGUCGACAUCGUGCAGAACCGGCUCGACUUUGCGAAGGAGUACGCGGCGACGGAUAUCUACCUCCCGCCACCCAUGGAGAAGGAUGAGCCGCGGAUACGCUACUCAGAGCGGAACGCGAAGAAACUGAUGGCCGACCUGGGUAUCGAGGAGCGUGGCGCGAAGAGCAUCGACCUCGUCGUCGAUGCGAGCGGUGCCGAGGUGUCCAUGCAGACCGGUGUGCUCGUCGCCAAGAUCGGCGGUACAUUCGUACAGCUCGGCAUGGGCAGCCCCGAAGCGGUGCUUCCGAUCACGACGAUGCUCACGAAGGAGAUAACCUGGAAGGGCUCCUUCCGUUACGGCCCCGGCGACUACCCGCUCGCGAUCGCGCUCGCUGCGCAGGGCAAGAUCGACCUCAAGGCGCUCGUCACGCACCGCUACACCUUCGACGAGGCCGUUGAGGCGUUCCAGACGACGCGGCUGGGCAAGAGCGCGGACGGCAAGGGCGUCAUCAAGGCGGUCAUCUCAGGCCCGGGUGUUUCGCCGAACGACCUCUGA